AUUUCCCGUCUUUCUCAUGCUAUUCUUCUCCUCCUCCGCUUCUCCUUUCCCUUCAUCCCAUCUCCUCCCUCUCCGACGCUCUCUUCUUCGCAGGGAACCAUGCACCGCAACCAGCCUCACAUCCCUCCAGCUAGUGCGGCUGCGUUCCCCGUUCUUGACUUGAAAUCUGCUAAACGCCGGGGAAGUUACAACUGUAGCAGAUGCGGUCUACCUAAGAAGGGCCACACCUGCAACGUUGCUGCUACCAACGCAACGUCAGUCGCCACUCCUGGUCCGACGACCACCGUUGACUCCACCUCGUCCUGCGUUUCCCGGCUGUGUAAUACUCCGCAGUCUCGUCCGCCCUCCAACUUCCGCCGUGCUCUUUCAUUUGACGAUAUUGAUGUUCUCUGUGAUACGCCGGAACGAGCUGUGGAUCACUACGAUUACCAGGUGUCCCCGCCGGAUCUGAAUCCGGACGAGGUGAUGAGAUCGGGCGGGUUGCCAGCAGUGUGCCUGUGGGAGGUUUUGAGGAGAUUGCCUCCUGUAGGGCUUCUGACAGCGGCGGGGGUCUGCAAGGGGUGGAAAGAUACUGCUAGGAGUGUCUGGCGUGCGGCCGAAGAGCUGAGGCUUAGGGUCCCUAGGAAGGCUCAGCUCGGGUUCGCUGGAUCCGUCUUGCAGAAGUGUCCGUCCCUUGUUAGGCUCUCUCUUAGAAUGGAAAGUGAUGUGGAUUCAACAAUGCUGGCCUGCAUCGCAUUUUCUUGCCCAAAUCUGGAGCAUAUGGAGAUUUGUACAUCGGAUUUGGCAGUCAACCGAAUCACAGGAGAUGAACUUGGGCGUUUUGUUGCUGAUAAACGUUGUUUGAUGAGCCUAAAGAUGGAAGGUUGUUCUAAUUUAGGAGGAUUUGUCCUCUGUUCAACAAGUCUUUCUACACUCUGGCUUUCAGAUCUUUAUUCCCUCUCCAAGAUGGUUUUCAACUGUCCCAAUUUGAAAGAGAUAUCUCUAGAAUUUUCAUGCCAAGAAAAUAAUAAUACUGACCUUACUACUGCAAUUGAUGGUUUGGGAAGGAGUUGCCCGAGGUUGCAAAAUAUACACAUUGCAUCACCUAUGUUGUCUCAUGCUGUUGUGCUAGCUCUUACAGCUGCAAACCUGAGGGGCUUGCGAAUGCUUUCACUUGUUCUUGGAUCAGAAAUCACUGAUGCAUCUGUUGCUUCUAUUGUGUCAAGCUAUUCAAAGUUGGAAUUACUGGACCUGAGUGGGUCUAGCAUCACCGAUAGUGGAAUUCAUAUGAUAUGCAAUGUGUUCCCUAGCACUUUAUCAAGACUACUCCUUGCUCUCUGCCCUAACAUCACUUCAAAUGGGAUUCAGUUUGCCACAACGCAACUACCUCUUCUUGAACUAGUGGACUGUGGGAUGACCUUAUGUGAUCCCAAUUCCCAGAAUCCAACCCCUGAUGAAGACAGCUAUUGUGAACUGCAAAGCACAUUCAGCAACAAACUACACCUUAUGUACCAGAAGCUCAUUAUCAAACACAGCCGACUAAAAAAACUCAGCUUGUGGGGUUGUUCUGGCUUAGAUGCUCUAUAUUUGCACUGCCCAGAACUCAAUGACCUGAAUUUAAACUCUUGCAAAAACCUACAUCCUGAUAGACUACUCCUUCAAUGCCCCCGCUUGGAGAGUGUACAUGCAUCCGGAUGUCAAGAAUUUUUGGUAGGGACCAUUAAAAGCCAGGUCUGUAAUAACUCUGCUGCUGCAGAAAAGCGUCUUCCAUGCAAGCGAUUAGCUGAUGGCUCCAAAAGAAUCCAUGUUCCAUAUUUUGUCAGUCAACAGUCUUAUGACGAUGAUAAGAAGCAGACGAUGGCAAGAAGGCAAUGUAAUGUGAUCGUGAACUGAUCAUCCUACAUGAUUUCAACAUUUCAUUGCACUCCUGUUGUACACAUGAACAUUCAUGGGACUUUUUCCUGAUGCAAUUAUAAUUAAGGAACUCUUUUAUAAUUCGGAUUGUAUUAGAUUGUAAAAUAGGAUCCAAUAGAUGGGGGACAAAUUA